AUGAAGGAAGUUUGGGAUGAGAUUAGACCAAAAGGGCAGAAAGUUCCAUGGCAUAAACUUAUUUGGUUUCCAAUGCAUAUCCCGAAGCAUUGCUUAAUCGUUUGGAUGGCUCUACAGGACAGAUUACAGACCAGAGACCGCCUACAACGAAUGGGAAUUAGCACUGAUACAGCAUGUGUAAACUGCAACUUAUCUCACGAGACAAGAAACCACCUAUUUUCUGAGUGUUCACUAGCCGUCUUCUUAUGGAAUUCUGUUUUGACAUUGAAUGGAAUGAAUCCUACAAACUUAUCAUGGGAAGAAACGGUUGCUACAGCAAGCACUUCAUGGAAAGGGAAAUCUCUUAUCACCUUCAUUUUAAAGAUAGCUUGGUCUGCUUUUAUCUAUACUAUAUGGCAGGAAAGAAAUCAGCGAAUUUUCCAACAUCGGUCAAGAUCUGCUGAAAUUUUGCUAACCGAAAUCAUUGAUGCUGUUCGGUUUUGUCUUAGGGGAAAAAAUAUCAAUAGGCUAGAUAGUACUAAUCUUAACCUUUGUAAUGCUUGGGGUUUAUAG